AUGGCAAACUUUGAGAGACUCGCCAUGGUUACACCCAAUGGAGAUGAUUCAAUGAUUCGAGUGAGAGUUGAGAACGUGUGGUCUACUCUAGAUGUCGAGAAUGGUGAAGGCCUCAGUUUCCUGGUGGUUGAUGAUGAGGGCACAAGGAUGCAUGCAUUCGUCCAGCAUUUUGCUGAUGCCAAGAGAUUUAAGAGACUUCUUCAGAAAGGAGACUGGUUCACGAUAACUGGUUUCUCAGUUGUUAUUGUCCGGAAUGAGAUUCGUAUGACUAAACAAAGAAAAGAGAUCGUUCUCAAGCGAAACACAGAAGUUGGUGUUUCAGAAUUGUUCAAUGGUUUUAUUCCGCUAGAUUUGGUUCCAUUUCAGGAUGUUAAGAACGGAACUGUUCACGAUGGAACUUCUUACACUAGAGACUUUCUAGGCGUCAUAUCUUCUGUUUCAGAUUUCGGCCUCACAGUGGAUGACUCUAUGCCUAGAAACAUACAUAACUAUGAUCCUAAGACCACCGGAUCGAUUGACUUUGUUCUUGAAGACAACGAUGGAAAUCAUCUAAACUGUCGUGAAAAGGGCAUCUUGGCGGUUCUCUUUAAACGUAAUUGGCUAUGUUAUGGUGAAACCGGAACAAACAUAUGCCUAUUAACCAAUUGGCGUGUUGUUGGAAGAGAUGGUCCUAUUCAAGUCGAAGAUGAAGAAGGGAUUUCUACUUUUGAGUAUGAUCCUCCUGGACACCACGAAGUGGUACAUUUCACGAACAUAUUCAAUGUCUUCUCCUUUUCAAUCCGUGCUUCACUCAUGAUCGCUCAGCCCGUCAAACAUACAACCAAGAGGCAAGUAAAAAUCGAAGUCUUGCUACAGGGAAGGAAAUUGCGAGAGCUUAGAGGUUUACCUGACCUACAGAACGGAGACGCAAGGGCACAGUCCCGUCAGCUGCAGAGAUCGAUUUUGCUGGUAACAGAAGAAGAUGAAGAAGACGAGCGGAGAAGUGUUAACGCGAGGAGCAUAAAGGAAAAAGAAGAAGAUGAAGGAGACGACCGGAUUUUUGUCGAAAGAGAAGAUGUUGCGACGAUAUCGCGAAACAAAAUCGGCAAGAAAUGGUAA